UUUUAAGCAAAAUUGGAAGACAUCCUAUGCAAAAUAAGAUUCUUAAGAACUUGAAUGUCACACUGCUAAACUUUAAUAAAGACAGCAGAAAACUAAAGAAAAAGACAUUAGGAAGGAUGAUCAAAGAUUUGAGGAGGAAAACUCAGCUCACUUGAAACCAAACUAAUCCAGUACUUUGCUAUUUUAUUGUGUUAAGGCCUCAUUUUUCUAAUAGAGCUUUAAACGGUCGGAGAAAUGCAUUUCAGAGACAAAUCUAGAAGAAAGAAUUAGUGAUCAUAUUAUAAAGAAUGAUAUUAUUAAUUUUCAAAUUAAAAAGAAAAGGAAAUCAGUCGAUCGCCUUGGUUUCUUCAAAACAAAGCCAAAAACUAAGUUUGCAAAAAAGAGAUCUUCUUGCCUCAUUGAUGGUUGGGUUAAGAACCCUCAAUGUGUCUAUAGAGGCUACCGUCCAAAUUCCCAGAUGAGAUCGAAUACAAAUAAACUAUUAGCUAAACUCAGAUCUCAAUGAAGUAGAGAAUUCUUACUAAAUCAAACUCAUACUCCUCAAAGGAUACCCUCAAGAUUAGAAAGGUUGAAAUAAGAAGGAUAGCGCAAAUAGCCGUCAUCAGACAAUCAAAGACCAUCCUCCUCGAACAGUCUCAUCAUCUCUAUUGCUUGAAUGUAAAAGAUACCUUGUAAAGAAUAAAAGAAGCAACUCUAAGAUUAACAAGAUCAAUGAGAAGCUUAAAUAUAUCAAAUUCUUGAAGAGGAAAGUUAAAGAAGACUUUACAAAGAAGAGGCUUGAAAUAGAAAAGCGUAUGAAGACUCCCAUACCCGUAUAAUU